AUGGAUAGCCAACCGACUAUUCAAAUCAAUGCUGAACUCUUUGAAUAUGAAAGAGAAUUGCAUCCAGCUCAUUGGAGUGGUAUGCGUCAAGGUGCGAUGUUUGGAGUUUUUAUUGGAUGCCUAUAUCUGAUAGACUACAUAGCUUAUGCAGUUGGUUUCAUCUGCGGCUCCCAACUGAAGACAGGCAAAGAUCGUCAUGAUCUGUACAUAGGUGAUAUUAUUGUCGAGGAUGAUCCAAAUGCUAAUGAAAUAGAUGUUUUGAAAGAUGAUACAGAAUCAAUUUAUGAUAUCAAUGGUGAUAUUGAAUUUAACAAUGUCAACUUUACUUAUCCAUCUCGAAAAGAAGCAUCAGUUCUGCGUAAUCUCUCUCUUAUUGCUCGUGCCGGUCAGACAACUGCUCUCGUAGGCUCAAGUGGCUGUGGAAAAAGUACAUGUAUGUCACUUUUUCUUCGUUAUUAUGAACCCUCAUCGGGUCGAAUCUCGAUCGAUGGUCGAUCACUAACAGACUACAAUGUCAGACAACUUCGACAAAACAUUGGUGUUGUUAGUCAAGAACCUAUUCUGUUUGGUAUGAGUAUUUAUGAAAAUAUUCGUUUUGGUAAAGUAAAUGCAACAGGCGCAGAAGUUGAGCAAGCAGCACGACAAGCAAAUGCUCAUAAUUUCAUCAUAAAAUUACCAAACAAAUAUGAAACGCUUGUUGGUGAAGGUGGUAUACAAUUAAGUGGUGGUGAAAAACAACGUAUUGCAUUGGCUCGUGCUCUUGUCAAACAACCUACCUUCCUUUUACUUGAUGAAGCCACAAGUGCUCUUGAUAAUGUUAGCGAAAAGAUUGUUCAAGAAGCGCUUGAUCGAGCAUGCAAAGGUCGAACGACUAUUGUUAUUGCUCAUCGUUUGGCUACAAUUAAAAAUGCUCAUCAAAUAUAUGUAUUAGAUAAUGGCACUGUGCUUGAGCAAGGUACACAUGAAACAUUGAUGACAAAAGAAGGAGGCAAAUAUCAAUCAAUGAUCAAACGUCAACAAAUGGAAAGAAUCAAUGAUGAUAGAGAUGAUAUGAUGAGCACGCAAAAAGCAAGAGAAGAAGAUGAAAAGUCAAUAAUUGAACGCAGUCAUUUGCUUAGCGAUAGUCAAAUGAUUGAUCUGAACAAACAAAGUUUAAAGUCAUCACGAAAAAGAUUUGUCUUUUUAAGACUCUUGUCAAUGAAUAGUCCUGAAUGGAUCAUCAUCUUGAUUGGUUGUAUAGCAUGUGCACUUAAUGGAGUGGCUCAACCAAUGUUCGCAUUUUUACUUACUAAAAUAAUCGAUGCAUUCCAAUAUUGUGCAACCUCUGAACGACGUCAUCAAGUGCUAAUUUCCAGUUUAUUUUUUUUACUUUUGGGUUUUCUUGUAUCGAUUGUCUAUUUCUGCCAGUAUACAGCUUUUGCCGUAGCAGGAUCAAAAUUAACGCAACGUAUUCGUUUAAAAGCCUUCGCAUGUCUUCUUCGUCAAGAAGUUGCUUAUUUUGAUCGACCAGAAAAUAGUUCUGGUGCAAUUUGUACUCGUCUUUCUUCUGAUGCAUCAGCUAUUCAAGAGAUGACUGGUACACGAUUAGGAAUCAUUUGUGAAGCUCUCGCGUUGUCUAGUUAUAUUGCUGCAACAGUCUCGGCUGCUGAAACAUUUUUUGAUCUAUUUGAUCGAAUACCAUCUAUCGAUAAUACAUCUACUGAAGGACAAGAACUAGUUGAUUUUCAUGGAGAUAUAACAUUUAAUCAAGUCAAAUUUAUCUAUCCAACUCGACCAACAUCUAUUAUUCUUAACAAAUUUCAACUGACUAUCAAGCCAAGGACAUCCGGAUGUGGAAAAUCAACAAUUAUUCAACUAUUGGAACGAUUUUAUGAUGUUACAAAUGGUCAACUACUUCUUGAUGGUAUUGAUAUUCGACAACUAAAUCUUCAUUGGGUACGUUCUCAUGUCGGUCUGGUCAGUCAAGAACCAAUUUUGUUCGAUUUAACGAUCGCUGAAAAUAUAGCAUACGGCUUAGAAAAUGUUUCAAUGGAGAAAAUUAUUAAUGCAGCACGUAGAGCUAAUAUUCAUCAAUUUAUUGAACAAUUGCCCCAGGGUUAUGAAACAAAAGUAGGGUUAAAAGGUAGUUUUCUGUCAGGUGGUGAGAAGCAACGCAUUGCUAUUGCUCGAGUUCUUCUUCGUCGACCUAAAGUAUUACUCUUGGAUGAAGCUACAAGUGCUAUGGAUUCACACAAUGAACAAAUUGUACAAGAAGCUCUUGAACAGGCUCAAACAGAAGACCCUACUCGAACAUCACUUAUAAUUGCUCAUCGUCUUUCAACUAUUCGUGCAUGUGAUUUAAUUUGUGUACUUGAUAGAGGAAAUAUAGUAGAGAGUGGUACUCAUGCUGAACUGACACAACGACGUGGACUUUAUUAUAGAAUGCUUGAUCAAAACAAUUUAUUGUGA